UGGAGGGUGUUGUAACUUUGAAUCGAACAUAGCUCCGGCGACGACGACAACAACACGGACAUACUCGGAAGAAGCAUCUAUAACCCGAGUUCCUUACCUUAACCAAUUUAUUUUUUCUGUUCUUCCUGAGCGAUUUGAAGUGGGUUUUGUCUAGGCUACUACUCUAGUUUUGCACACUGAAUCAUGUUCUUACUUUUUAGAUUACGAAUUUCUGAAGGUUACGUUUUGUCAAACCCUAAUCCGACAUUUGUGUUGUCUUUGUGCAGGGUGUACUCGAAAGAAGCAUUGAACCCGAGUUAAUUUAUUUGUUUUCUCGUUCUUCCUUAGUGAUUUGAAGUGGGUUUCUUCUAGUUUUCUGCUCAGGCUGGCCGCAUCGAAUACAGUGUACAGUUAUUAAGGGUUCAAUUGCUGUUGUUGAGGUCAGCUUGUUGUAGAAUUGAUGGAAGAGUCGAAGCACAAAUCAUCUCGGAAGGAAGAGUCGGAAACAAAGGAGGAGUCAAGGAAGAGUCAUAGAAAGGAGAGGGAAGAUCGUGACAGUAGGGAGAGGAAUGGUGAGAGGCACAGGGACAGGGAUAAGGAUAGGGACAGGGACCGCCAUCGGGACUCAUCCGAUAAGAAGAAAGACAGGGAGAGUAGGCGGUCUGAGCGGGAGAAGAGUGCGGAUGAUGAAAGGGAGAAACACAAGGAUAGGCAUAGAGAGAGAGACAAGGACAAGGAGAGGGAGAGGGACAAGGGUAAAACGAAGAGCCGGGAUGAUGAAAGAUCCAGGGAUAAAGAUAGAUUGAAAGAGAAAGACCAGGAUAGGGAAGACCGAAUAGAGGCUGAGAGAGAGAGAGAGAAAGAUAAAGAAAGGGAGGAUAGAGAGAGGGAGAAGGAGAGGGAGAGGGAGAGGGAGAGGGAGAGGGAGAGGGAGAGGGAGAAGGAGAAGGAGAAGAGGGAUAGGGAUAGGGAACGGGAGAGGGCUAGAGAGAGGGAGAGAGAGAAAGAGAGGGAAAGGGAGAAAGAAAGGGAGAGGGAGAAGGAAAGAGAGAGGCAGAAGGAGAGGGAAAGGGAAAGGGAGAAGAGAGACCGCGAGAGGGAAAGGGAGGAGAGAGAAAGAGAUAAGAGGGAGCGUGAGAGGGAGGAGAAGGAGAGGAUUCGGGAAAGGGAGAAGCGUCGACAUGUUAGCAGUGAUGAUGAUGAGGAUGUAAAAGAGCGUGAUAGAAAGAGGCGGAGGAGAGAGGAUGAUAGCAGGGACAGGGAGCGUGAACGGAGCAGCCGGUCAAGGAGGCAUAGGGAUGGCAGCGACGAUAGUGGUACCAGGAAAAGGAGUGAAGAAGACUUGUCCGACAAGAAAGAGGUGAGAACCCGAGAGGAGGAUCUGGAAGAGGAACAGCGGAAGUUAGAUGAGGAGAUGGAAAAGCGGAGGAGGAGAGUUCAGGAAUGGCAAGAACUGAAAAGAAAGAAAGAGGAAUCCGAGAGAGAGAAGCUUGGGGUGACGGAGAAUGUCGAUGAACCCAAGUUUGGGAAGACGUGGACUUUAGAAGGAGAAUCCGAUGACGAAGAAGCAGCAGCUGUUGAGGAGGAUUCUGAAAUGGAUAUGAACUUGGAUGGAGAUGCCAAGCCUGCAGAUGAAGUUGCAGAUGGCAUGGUAAUUGAUUCUGAAAAUGGAAAUGGAGCCGCCGAACCUGAAACGCAAAAUCGGGGUGAUGGUGACAUGGAGGAUGAGGAAAUUGAUCCGUUGGAUGCUUUCAUGAAUUCUAUGGUGUUGCCGGAAGUUGAGAAGUUGGAUAAUGCUACUGUUCCUUCUGCCCCUGAGAAUACGAAUACUGACUUGAAGAAAGAUAAAAGUAAAGGAGAACAGCGAAGAAAUGGAAAUAAACCAAUGGGUAGAAUUAUCCCGGGUGAAGAUUCCGAUUCAGAUUAUGGGGACAGUGCUGAUGACGACAAUCCUAGUGAAGAUGAGGAUGACGAUGAAUUCAUGAAAAGGGUGAAAAAGACAAAAGUAGAGAAACUAGCAAUAGUUGAUCAUUCAAAGAUCGAGUAUCCUCCCUUCAGGAAGAAUUUUUACAUCGAAGUGAAGGAAAUCUCAAGGAUGACUUCUGAAGAGGUUGCUGCAUACAGGAAACAACUGGAAUUGAAACUACACGGAAAAGACGUGCCCAAGCCAAUUAAAACCUGGUACCAGAUUGGAUUAUCAACCAAAAUCCUCGACACCAUAAAGAAGCUUAAUUAUGAAAAGCCCAUGCCAAUCCAGUCACAAGCACUUCCUGUAAUUAUGAGUGGUCGCGACUGCAUUGGUAUUGCAAAGACUGGUUCUGGUAAAACACUAGCAUUUGUGCUACCAAUGUUGAGGCAUAUAAAGGACCAGCCACCUGUGGUGUCCGGAGACGGGCCCAUUGGUUUGAUAAUGGCACCCACAAGGGAGCUUGUGCAGCAGAUCCAUAGUGAUAUCAAGAAGUUUUCCAAGGUAAUGGGCCUCACCUGUGUACCAGUGUAUGGAGGUUCUGGGGUUGCUCAACAAAUUAGCGAAUUGAAAAGAGGAGCUGAGAUUGUGGUUUGUACUCCUGGUAGGAUGAUUGAUAUACUAUGUACUAGUGGUGGUAAAAUUACAAACCUGCGUAGAGUAACUUAUUUGGUUAUGGACGAAGCUGAUCGGAUGUUUGAUAUGGGUUUUGAACCUCAGAUUACUAGAAUUGUACAAAACACUCGACCAGAUCGUCAAACUGUACUCUUCUCUGCUACUUUCCCCCGUCAGGUUGAAAUGUUGGCGCGAAAAGUUCUGAACAAACCCGUGGAAAUGCAAGUUGGUGGUAGGAGUGUGGUGAACAAGGAUAUUACCCAGUUAGUUGAGGUGAGACCAGAAAGCGACCGGUUCUUUAGACUGCUGGAACUACUUGGUGAAUGGUGUGAGAAAGGAAAGAUUCUGAUAUUUGUACACACGCAAGACAAAUGUGACUCCCUAUUCAGGGAUUUGCUUAAGCAUGGUUACCCUUGCCUCUCCCUUCAUGGUGCCAAAGAUCAGACUGAUCGUGAAUCCACCAUUUCAGAUUUCAAAACUAACGUUUGCAAUUUGUUGGUUGCGACAAGUAUUGCCGCCAGGGGUUUAGAUGUAAAAGAGCUUGAAUUGGUAAUCAACUUUGAUGCUCCAAACCAUUACGAAGAUUAUGUUCACCGCGUUGGUCGGACAGGUCGAGCAGGCAGAAAAGGCUGUGCUAUCACGUUUAUUUCUGAGGAAGACGAGCGAUAUGCCCCAGAUCUUGUAAAAGCGUUGGAAUUAUCUGAGCAAGUUGUUCCUGAUGACUUGAAAGCUCUUGCGGAUGGUUUCAUGGCGAAGGUGAAUCAAGGGCUUGAGCAAGCCCAUGGGACUGGUUAUGGUGGGAGUGGGUUUAAAUUUAAUGAAGAGGAGGAUGAAGUGAGGAGAGCGGCAAAGAAAGCACAAGCGAAAGAGUAUGGAUUUGAAGAAGACAAGUCAGAUUCGGAUGAUGAAGAUGGCGGGGUCCGCAAGGCAGGUGGCGAUUUAUCUCAACAAGCUGUACUUGCUCAGGCCCUAGCUGCUGCUGCUGCAUCUAAAGUAGGCAUGGCUAGCAUGUCUGCACCUCUCUCAGCUCCUCAGUUGCUUCAAAAUGGUGGAUUACCUCUUUCUCUGCCAAGUGUCCUUGGUCCAGCAGUUGGGCCAAUCAACCCUGGUGAUGGUGCAGCUAGGGCAGCAGCAUUGGCGGCUGCCAUGAACCUGCAGCAUAACUUGGCAAAGAUUCAAGCGGAUGCUUUGCCUGAACAUUAUGAAGCGGAAUUGGAGAUAAAUGAAUUUCCCCAAAAUGCCCGCUGGAAGGUGACCCACAAAGAAACUUUGGGUCCAAUUUCUGAAUGGACUGGAGCAGCAAUUACAACUAGGGGACAGUUUUUCCCUCCUGGCAAGGUUCCAGGACCUGGGGAUCGCAAGCUCUAUUUGUUCAUAGAGGGCCCUACCGAACAAUCUGUCAAAAGGGCAAAAUCGGAACUGAAACGUGUGUUGGAGGACAUCACCACCCAAGCAGUUUCACUUCCAGGUUCAGCACAGCCAGGCAGGUAUUCGGUAUUGUGAAACCGGGCUUGGAUUCUCUGGAUGCUGGAUUAUGUUAUCAUGCCAUGUUAUACUCAGGCCCGCAAAAGGAAUAAACAUCAACAGUGAAAUUAUCUUUGCCUAUGUGUUUGGUAAAUCUUCUUCCAAGAACUAAGGACACUAUUUCCUGUGCAGAGAGUUCAGCUUUCUAGUAUUGCUAUCGUUGGAUGUGAUCCAAACUUUCCUUUUUUGGAUCUUUAGGUUUGCAGCUGGAGAAGCAUUGAAAUGUUGGCAUAUGAUUUUGGUAAAUCUUGUUUCAAGAACUAAGGACAAUAUUUCCAGCCCAGGCUGUUACAGUUUUGUAAUGUUCAUGUCAUUGGAUGUGUGUUGCAGAGGUUUAACUUUAUUUAAAGUAUUUGUAUUUGUACAUUGAUUAUAGCCACUUAUUUCCUACUUUGAAAGUUUAGAUAUAAAAGUAUUGCAUCUUUCCCUUUUUAA